GACACUUACAAACGGUGGCAGCUACUCUGUUUGGUUUUCACUAAUACGGAGGCAGGAGAUUAGUUUGAAUCUUGUCGGAGAUUAUCCUGCUUAGGAUGCACUGAAGCAUUCAUGAAGAUUGAUUUGAGCGUCUGAAUUUGGGGGGCAGCACUGAGGCCAACACUCACCUGUUAGCAGACUGAUCACAUGGGAGAUGGGAUCCUCAGUUUUUGGUGUGACUCUGUGCCCUCUUAGGUGGAUCCUUGUCCUGGUCGUCUUUUUGCAGCAGCUCAAUGCAGGGGAAAUUGAGGGCCCUUGUCAAGGCAGAGACUGCUCUGUAUGUCAGUGUCUUCCUGCCAAAGGUGCACGGGGUGCUCCAGGGAAGCCAGGCCAGCAAGGCCCAAGGGGACAGAUGGGACCAUGGGGACGUGAAGGGUCACCUGGAGAGAAAGGCAGGAGGGGAGCAGAGGGAUCACAUGGUCCAGAGGGGCCCAAAGGAGACCGUGUUCUCUUCUCCAACAAAAGAUGUACAACACUGCACAACACCACUCAGAAUAAAAUUCCCGUAUCAUCUUAA